CCAUCACCGCAGCAUCGGAGGCGUCCCACUAUUGUAGUGUCGCGCGCGCCAAAGUGUCGAGCCAAGUGCCAAACUCCGACCAGCAGCCUACGCGCGCCGUGGCAGCCUCUGAGCUUCUUUAUACCGGAACCGACUGCAUCUCUCGCAGCUGUUACUAGUCGCAUCUCCGUAUUACAACGAUCCGGACAGUGAUUUUACCUGGCACAAUAGAAGGCUGGACCAGUAAUGAUUCUCCACAUAAAGAAAAGCGAUAGAAAUUUCGUCUUCGACAGCCUGCUAUGUCGAGAAAUCUUCUCGAGUCAAACAGUCGCUGAGACCAAUCUCAGAAUCUCGACAUUGUAAAAAAUUCUUCGACAACGCGUGAACACAUGGAAUUCGAGGAUUUCUACAACCAAAUUCGCAGAUAAAAAGUCGCUGAACCUCAGUCCUGGCCGCGACGCGGAAACGGCGGCGCUAGAAACUGUGCACAAGUGUGUAUGUGUGUGUGUGUGUGUGUGUGUAUGUGGCUGUGAGUGUUUUUGCUGGCUUCGCGGAUUGCCGGCUCGCACCGUCUGAUCCUGUUACGGCGGCGGCGGUGACGUAGUGCCUUCUCCUUCGGCGACGCCACGUGGAUCAGCUAGCACGUGUGGGGGCCACACAGCGGCAGAUUUCUGCAGAUCGCAGUUGGCAUCUUCAGUACAGUUUUCUGUCAGGAAUGCAAAGAAGUGUUCGGUUAUGACGGCUUCAUUGUUGGUUGUGAUUCGUCUCUCGGCUGAGAGAGAUAGCUAGCGAAUCAUCGACGGCUCAAAUCGCGGCGGGCGCUUCGAGCGCGCAGUACUCGCGACCUGUUUGCCACAACAAACUAGUUAGAGUCGCCAGCGCACGCAGACACUGCCCCUCCGCCCGGCAGCUAGAGCUGGGGAGCGCUUCGGCUGUGCUGCCUGCGCGCGCGUGUGUGCGUGUCGAGGCGGACACGGACUAGGUGGAUGCCGGCGUCGGCGGCCGACUGCGUGUGUCGCAAAGUGCGUGUGUCUGUGGCGGCGCCGUGUGCGUGAUGCGUGUGACAGGGACAGGUGCGCGACGCAGCUGCGUGGGUGCGUGACAGCGGCGAGCCCAGCCAGCAGGGGACGGGAGACGCACUACAAGGGGAGCAGCGGCAGUAGCAGACGGCCGCCAUGAGGCUCAUCAAGAAGUACUGGCACCGAGACUCGUCGGAGCUGUCGUCGAAGAAGGCGGCGGCGUCGGCGUCGGCGUCGGCGGACGACCUGCUGGCGUCCCAGCAGCUCCAGCAGCAGCAGCAGGCCGACCUGGAGCUGGAACUGGCCGCCAUGGACGACGGCGCCCCCCACCGCGAGAUGGCCGUCGACGUGCCCGACAGCUUCGUGGCGCGCACCAAGACACCGCCCAGAUACCCGCCGCCCAGGCCGCGCUCCCACCAGGUCAGCCACACUUGGCAUCUUGUUGUUGUUGCUCCGGUGCCGCCCCCGCGCGACCACCUGCGCAUCGAGCAGGACGGCCGGCUCGUCAACCGCGCGCCGCCCCCGCAGCUGCCCGCCAGGUCGCCGCUCGCCGCCGCCGCCGCGGCCGCCGCCUCCUCCGCCGCCCCCGCCGCCCAGGACGCCGCCCCCGCCGUGUCGCCUGCGCCCGGCACCACGCCCACCCGUCAGCAGCUGGACAGCAUCCGCAAGUACCAGGAGCAGCUGCGGAAGCGCAAGGAGGCGGAGGAGCAGCAGGAGGCGCUGAACCGGUCGCUGCGCGGGUCGCGGAAGCUGCAGGCGCUCGAGUCGCGGCCGCACGGGCUCGUCAACGACGCCUACUCGUCGGCCGACGAGGACGACCUGGGCGCCGUCACGGGCCAGCAGCAGCAGCAGCUGGCCGCCGUGCACAGGGUCAUCGGGUACGGGGAGCUGGUGGCGUCGCUGCAGCGGCUGCAGCUGCUGCUGAAGAAGAGCGCCGCCGACGGUGUGGGGUCGGGCUCGGCGCUGGGCGCGCAGGUCGCAGCCGUGCAGACUCUGCUGCUGAGUCCGCAGUUCGGGCGCGCGCUCGCAGUCCACAACAGGGUGCAGCGCGCCGCCGCCAGGGGGCUCUGCCGGCCGCCCGCCGCCGACAACGCGCACGCCCUCUCCAGGGACUGCCUGGAGGUGCUGCGGCCAUGCAAGCUGCCCGAGGCGGCAGAACUGUGUGACCUGCUCUCCCGUUACGAGCUGGACGCGCUGCUGGUAGCCCACGACGCAGUCGUCGCCACCACCGAGCCGCGUUCUCCGGCACCCUCACCCACGCACAGUGCGGGUGGCGGAGGGGGUGUGCCCGGCUCGGGGAGGGGCUCGCCGCCUCCCAGGCACGAGGGCAACAUCCGCAUCGUCAGCAUCGAGAAGACCAACGAGCCGUUGGGUGCCACAGUGAGAAACGAAGGAGAAGCUGUCAUCAUUGGACGGAUAGUGCGGGGAGGGGCAGCAGAGAAGUCUGGCCUGCUCCGCGAGGGCGACGAGAUCCUCGAGGUGAAUGGCAUCGAGAUGCGUGGGAAGUCCGUGAACGAGGUGUGCGACAUCCUUGCCGGUAUGACAGGCACACUGUCCUUUCUCGUGGUUGGAAGCAGCAACCAGCCUCCGCCACCACCACGGGAGACCACCAUUAUCCAUAUGAAGGCGCACUUCGACUACGACCCUGAGGAAGACCUGUACAUCCCGUGCAGGGAGUUGGGAAUCAGCUUCCAGAAGGGCGACGUGCUGCACGUUAUCAGUCAGGACGAUCCCAACUGGUGGCAGGCGUACCGCGAGGGUGAGGAAGACCUCACACUUGCCGGGCUCAUCCCUUCCAAGUCCUUCCAGCACCAACGUGAAACAAUGAAGCAGACGAUAGCCGGUGACCGGCUGACAAAGGAAGGCAAGUCAAAGAAGGCAAGCACGCUCCUCUGUGCCAAGAAAAACCCCAAGAAGAAGAAAAAGAAGCCUUACGGUUCCAGCUACACUGACGGAGGCUACCCACUCUACGCGAGCGCUACCGAUGAUUACGAGUCAGACGAGAUCCUGACGUACGAGGAGGUGGCGCUGUACUACCCGCGGACGACGCACCGCCGUCCCGUCGUGCUCAUCGGGCCGCCUAACAUCGGCCGCCACGAGCUGCGCCAGAGGCUCAUGGAGGACUCGGAGAGGUUCGCGGCUGCCGUCCCACACACGAGUCGACCACGCAAGGAGGGUGAAGUGGACGGGCAAGAUUACCAUUUCAUCUCGAGGGCGCAGUUCGAAGCAGACAUCUUGGCACGUCGUUUCGUGGAGCACGGCGAAUACGAGAGAGCGUACUACGGUACGUCGCUGGCGGCCAUCCGUGCCGUGGUGGACGCGGGGAAGACGUGUGUUCUGAACCUGCACCCACAGUCACUGCGCAUCCUGCGCGCUUCUGACCUCAAGCCCUACGUGGUGUUCGUUGCGCCGCCCUCCCUGGAGAAGCUGCGGCAGAAGAAGGCCCGCGCUGGCGAGGCGUACAAGGAGGAGGAACUGAAGGACAUAAUUGAGAAAGCACGUGAAAUGGAGGACAAGUACGGCCACCUGUUCGACUUGAUCAUCAUCAACAACGACACGGACCGUGCCUUCCAGCAGCUGCUCUCAGAGAUCAACAGCCUGGAGCGGGAGCCGCAGUGGGUGCCCGCUGCCUGGGUCAAGGGGUCCUGAGCGUCAGCUGCCAGGCACUCCUGUGUGACCCACAACAUUGGCAACAAAGCCUGACAACAGACAUCAGCAAUACUGUUCAGAAGGCUGCAUUGUCAUGAGACAGGGAAGUUCCAACUCAUCCUUUACAGGUGAAAUAUUACGUUAGGCUAAAGGUGCUAUGCAAUGGACUAAAAUCUCUGGUCAGAAAAUGGACACAGUAAAUGUUCUUGCAAGUUAGGAACUCGUGUCUGGUAGAAUGGGCAAGGUGCGUGACAUACUUUUACUAUAAAAAUCGUAUAGUGCCUUCACCUUCCAAAGGCACAAAUCUUUGUUGUUGUUUAUGGAUGUAAGGCUCUCGUGCAUUGUGGUGAAACCCAUCACACUGAUACUUUGUACAGAAAAUGUGACGAAGUUGUAGGCUGGGAGUCCAUAAAGGUUAUGCUGAAGAGCACACUGUUUUCAUUAAGGAAUGGACAUACAUUGCUAUUAGUAUUACAUAUGUAUAUUGUUUAAAUGGUGUACAGUCUUUUUUUUUUAAAAAAAAAUCUGUAUUUCUUAUAUUAAUUAUACCCCUUCCCCCUCAUUAGCUGUAAGUUUCACUGCAGUGUGACAUUAACACGACUGACAGAUAGCAUUGCUGCAACUGGAGCUCUAAGGAGAAAAAUUAUAUUAUCAAGUGCACACGUUAAAUACCCUGUCAGUCCACUGUACAUAAUUUCUGUCAACUCUUUCAUUUCAGAAAAGUUACAUCACCUCCACUCCAAGAGCAAUAAAAAGCCAUUACGUUGCUCCAAGUUCACAGUGUUUUUCAGUAUCUGAAAAUGGGAGUUGUUUCACAGACAAUUCCAAUUUUUUUUGACAGAUAUGAGGAGAAAAGGAAAGAAUUUUAUUUGGAGCAGUGCUAUGAAUAUAUCAUUUUUUAAGUACCUGUAAGUCAUAGAUUGAGCAUUGAGAUUUUAACACAAAUGUUAGUUACUUUAAAGAAUUUUAUUUUCUCAUUUGUGAUAAAUGAUACAAAUGUACAUGAAUACACUAGACAACGUAUGUUGACACCUACUUUUAGUUUCCCCCACACCUCCCUGAAGAGAAAGCACUCGACUCUGGGAAGUUAUGAGAUACAUUCUCCCAAAGACAACCAUUCCAAACUGUAUGUGCCUGUAGCAGUCUGUAACAAGACAUUUACAGAUCGUAGAAGCUCAACUAUUUAUUGGUGCUAUAAAUUUCCAGAACUAAGGAAACAUAUUGGCAUGUAAAGUUUGACUGUGUGACUUGAAGGAAAAAAAUUACAUAGUAUUUCUCACUGUAUCAGAGAGACCAAUAGUUUUAGCUUUUUGCAUUUAGUGUGCAGUGUAACCAAGUCCAUGAAGUGUACAGUUUUCGCAACCCUGGUUUUGUCGGGGGAAAAAUUUUUCUUCAGAUACAAAUUUCAACUGUUGAGGAAUUGAGAGAUUUCACAUAGUAGCUGAUUUACAUUCUAAAUGUUUAUAAAUGCUUUUGAUGUUAAAUUUCAUAUUUUACAAGUUUUAUUUCUAUAUGUAUAUUGUACGCAAUAUUGUGAAUUGAUGAACAACUGUGAAUGAAAGAAAUGUAAUCACUGUAA